GGAGGAAAGGAAAAGGAGAGAGCGAGAGGGAGAGAGUGAGCGAGUGAGUGAGGCCGAAAUCCAUUGCAUUCCCAGUUUCCUUCAAGCCGCUCGCGCGUUCGCUCCGGUAUACGUGGAGAGGAUCCGACGUCGCGUUUUCUCGUUCAUCCCGCCGCUUGUUUUUUUUUUCUCCUCCCGUCAAAUCGUUCGUGUUGUUUCCCCCCUCCCUUUAAACAAACCGACACAUAACCUCGUGCGGAAAGAAGAGCCGGAUAAUCGUGCCGUUUUUGUUAAACGAGAGUCUGUCUAACACGCAGCUGUGUGUAAAAGAUAGUAGAGAAGCUUUGUAAGAGAAAAGCUGACCGGGGAUUCUCGUCCGGGUUGAGAAUAAAGCGCUGAAUAAAAAAAAAAAAAAAAAAAUUGAAAAAAAAACGCCAAAAGACGGGAUCGAAGGAGGAGAGGAGGCGAGAAGACUUAAAUGAAUCGUGGGGUGUGAAAAAGAAACAGUUAUUAUCAAGGCGAAAAAUCCCGGUGUACAUAUAUUGAUAAUAAAAUUAAAUUAAUACCAAAUAGAAAUAAUAAUAAUAUUAAUAAUUAAAAUAAUAAAAUAAUAACGAAUCAAAUACAUAAUCGUUUCGGUGCGAGUGUAACAGCAGACGGAUCGUUAUCAAGCCCGACAAGCGAAUGUAAUAUACAAUACAUUCGCCGGUGUGUUGAAAAGUAAGAAUAAACGAAUUAGGAAGAAAAAUAUUUCGAGUCUCGUGGAAAACCCGAGGAUUUCAGGAUGGCGUUCAACGGGGACGGACCACACUCGAAGAGACAGCGGCUCGAGGAGUCCGGUCACAGGAAUCACGAGUACAGCGGCUACGGCGAGGAGCCCCGACGCAAGAGGGAAGACAAUAACAAGCCGAAUCACGUGCUCUUGUUCACGAUUAUAAAUCCGGUCUACCCAAUCACUGUGAACGUAUUGCACACUAUCAGUGCACCCAGUGGACAGGUACAACGAAUCGUCAUAUUCAAGAAAAAUGGAGUCCAGGCCAUGGUCGAGUUCGACUCGGUGGACUCGGCAACUCGGGCAAAAGAAGCACUCCACGGAAUGGACAUUUACUCGGGGUGUUGCACACUCAAGAUCGACUUUGCCAAGCCUACGAAGCUGAACGUCUACAAGAACGAUGCAGAGAGUUGGGACUACACGACACCCGUCCUGAGCUCGAGCGCACACAAAAAUGACACUACCGGGAAUGGGAGACCGGCUCCACUGUUGGCCGAGCCCCGAUACGGAGCUGCUCCCCAGCCCUACGGAUCAACUCCACAAGUAGGAUUCCCUCCGGGCGCCGGUCACGAUCGUUACGAGGAGAAUUUUAACGGACCGACGACUUACGCGGAACCGUACGUCGAAAGAUAUGGGAUUAAGAGCGACUUCACCGGUCGCGAGCCACUACAUCCAACCCCUCCGAGACCGGGUUACGUGCCGACUCUCGGUCAAACACCACCAUCGAGUACACAAGGCUCGGUCAUGAUGGUAUACGGCCUCCAGCCCGACAAAGUCAACACCGACAAGCUCUUCAACUUGUUCUGUCUUUACGGCAAUGUCACCAAGGUCAAAUUCUUGAAGACGAAAGAAGGCUGCGCCAUGAUUCAAAUGGGCGAUGGUAUCGCGGUCGAGAGAUGUUUGCAAAACUUGAACAACGUCACGAUCGGCACCGAGGGCAAAUUACAGUUGGGCUUCUCGAAACAGGCGUUCCUCGCUGAUGUGACAAAUCCAUACAUACUACCGGACAAAACAGCGAGUUUCAAAGACUUCACCGGCAGCAAGAACAACAGGUUCCUCAACCCGGCGAUGGCAAACAAAAACAGAAUACAGCCGCCCUCGAAGAUUGUACACUUUUUCAACACGCCACCGGAUCUAACCGAGGACACCGUCAAUCGUGUUUUCGUUGAACGUGGAAUCGAGGCACCAACGACCGUCAAACUUUUUCCCCUCAAGUCUGAGAGAUCUUCGUCCGGACUCAUCGAAUUCAGUAGCGUUGGUAUCGCCGUCGAAGCCAUCAUGGAGUGCAAUCACACUGCUCUUGAAAACAGCAGUGGCUUCGUUUCAGACGGCAAAUUCCCGUACAUCAUGAAGCUGUGCUUCUCGUCGUCGCGCACCAUACCAGCGAAUUUUCCACCGAGCAGCGGCAGCGGUUCAACGAGUAAUUCCGCCGGUAACGGCCACGCGAAAAUGCAACAGGAUUCGGAAUAGAACGGCGAGGUCCAGGGCCAGCGUCAUCGUCAGCGUUCAUCAAUCGCUCUGCACACAUUAUGCGCCGCGACAACUGGAACUGGCAAUUCAACGUCAACGGGAAUGCAUCCAGCGGCUGUUGCAGCUGCAGCAGCGGCAGCGGCGAUAGCACUGUCCCCGGUAUUACCUCCCGUGCCUCCACCUUUACCACCCGCCUGUCUCCUUAUCGCCGGACCGGCGUUAUAUCCGACCGUACCUCCACCACCGCCACCACCGCCGCUAUCAACAUUCUGGCCCUAUUGACGAUAAAGUUGUAUUAUCGUCGGAACACACAUACACACACACGCGCACGAGCACAUGAGUGUACUCCGGAGAGAUGUGUCUUCGUGGUGAACCGACGAGAUAAACAGAAAAGGAAAUAUUAAGAAAAAACAAAAAAUAACGACGACUAUAAUAAUAAUAAUAAUAAUAAUAUAAAAAUGAGAAUAAGGAGAAUGAAAUGGUGAAGAGAAACACCACGAGCUACCAGGAACCUACAUGUGACAGGGGAGAUAAGAGAAAAGGAGGAAGAGGAGAAAGGUACAAGGGCGGAAAUGGCGAACGAUUUAACGAGAGGACCAAAAAGCAUCGUGAGCAAAAAAAUAAGAAAGAAACAAAAAGCAUACUAAAUAAAUAAACCACCGUCGUUAUCAAACUCCACUUCACAGCUCCUCGAAGGAAACACGAGAAAUAAAUUUAGACAGUGGCUCAACAUCGGGCUGAACUUGGGAAACGUUUAUCUUUUCCUCGCACGCGCGACCUUCUCGUUUCAUCAUUGCGAAUACAUAUCAGAUGAAAUAUGAAACAAUAAGUAACGAGUCUUUUUAUUGGUAUCGAUGAAGGGGGAGAGAGAGAAAGCGAGAGAGAGGAAGGAAAUAAUUGAUGCUUGGAGAUGAUGAGUGGUAACGAAGAGCGAUUUUAGAUGUGAAUCAAGAUUGAGACAAUGAUACUCGAGCCAAUUAAUUUUUGACUAAAUUUCGCUAUAAUCAGGUAUUAAAAAACGAAGAUACGAUUACAAUUGGGAUCUCGCAUUGCGCUAACGAGCGAAGAAUACGAUUAUUGUGAGGAAACAAUUGAGGAGGAAGGACCGGAUAAUCAAGUAUGUUUUAUUGGACCAAAUCACUCAUUUUUUCGAGUCCUCUUACACACACACACACACACAGACACACACACACACAUGCACACAUACACGAAAACACGAAAGGGUCUCUCUCUGUAUCCGAUAAACGAAAGGAAAUGAUGCCGAGGCAUAUUUUCGCAAGCUGUUUAUAUAUUUUUCGACUAACUACUGCGAGGCCAAAGAUAUAUGCGCGACAAGUUUCGCGACGAGCUUAUCCGCGGAUGCUUUUAUUCAUCUUUUAAUCUGCCAUUUUUUGUCACAAGUUCUUCUUCAUCGUACCUCGUUAAUUAGUCGCUGAGGUAGCGUGAUUGAGCGACUCGCAACUCCGAGAGCAAAAGAAAAUGAAGAAGCCAUCGAAACUUGGACUCCUCCGUAGGCACUUUUUUUCGCUGCUUUCGAACUUGACGAAAAACUUUCAGCACUAAAGAAGUUGACAGAAGCUCUGUGCCAAAGCUUGUCGCGAUUCAUUAUCUUCAUUAACGUGAGAAAAUAACCGGACAGAAGUAUGAAAACAAAAUAUUUUCUCAAACGCUACUUGUAAGAACAGUAAUGAGAAGAGCAAAAAAAAAACAACAAUGAAACAAAAUUAAGAGUCAUCGUUUAUCCAAUUUCCCUCUCUUUUCCGGGUGUCCCUUCUUAUUCACAAUUAAUAUUUCUAGGAGCUGUUAGUGUUCAGGGUUUUGCGACGAAUUGAGAGCUGUCUGAUCGGAUCGAGAACUGUGAAUUGAAUUUUAUAUAAGCAAAAAAAAAAUAAGAAAAAAAUUAAAAUAAAAUAAAAAACAAACAAUUAACAAAGAGAACAAAAGAAAACUAAUGACAUUGACGAAACAAUAUAUUAGUGUCUCUCGGCAAUAUUUUGUCGGGCCGAGGGAUGUUUUUAUAAAAAAGGUUUUAGAUCUCCGAAGAUUAAAAGCAACAAACAAACAAACAAACAAACACACACACACUCACACACACACAUCCACUCACUCUCACACAUGAAUAUGAGCAUACAACUAAUAAUUUCGAAGCGAACCAAAUGACUACUUAUAAAUAUAGACUUGACAACUCGGCCAUACGUAAAGUGUAAGAUAUAUAGAGGAAAAAAGAAAAAAUAAACAAACGAGGGCAUUAUAACCCUACGAACCGCGUGAGAACAAUAUA